UAUCAACUGAUUCAAAAACGACUUCGAACAACUGAAAAUAAUUUAAAUCAAUAUAAACAACAACCAAUUCAUGAAUCAAUCGAUAUCAAUACACUAUCAACAAUUAUGACUGCAUUUGUUCGUCAAGGUCAACAUAAAUUAUGUGCAGAGUUUGAACGAAAAAAACUUAUAUUACAAUUUGAUGCCAUUGAUCAUCGUUUAAUUAAAACAUUUUAUAAUUUAAAUCCCACUGAUGAUCAAAUUCGUUCAGCUAAAAUUAUUUGGCAAGCUGCACAAAGUAAACUACAUGCUGAAGAACAAUUAGCCAUUCUCAAACAACGUAUCUAUACGAAACGAUUACCAUCAUCAUUGAAUAUUCUCGAUCAUUCCAUCGAUAAUGUUGAACAUCUACUCAAACAAUCCAUAAUCAAUCGAGAUAAAUCUGCUACAUUAUCAUUUCGUCGACUUAAAACUAUUGCUCAAUUUAAAUACGAUAUAAUGACAUUGGAAAUGACAACAGUUGAAGAAAUAAUUCGAAGUCAUGUGAAUAUUAUUGCUGAUGAAAAGAAGAAACUUAUCGAUUCUGCUGGUGGACAAGUACCGAUUCCAAAGUCACUCGUUCAAAUUAUGAAUGCCAUUGCAGCACGUCAAAGCAAUAUGGUUCAACGAUCUCAAUGCAUUUUGAAGAAAAAAUUAUCGGUUUUCGACGACGCUCCGAUGACAAUAAACAUGGCUGGUGCCGUCGGAGCAAAGUAA